AUGGAAUCAGUGAGUGCCUGGGUCUGGUCGACUCAGGGAUUGCCCUGCGAUGGCAGAUAUUCACCCUUACGGUUGUCAAACUGGCAUCCAGCCCGCUGCCUUAGCCAACAGCGUUCAUCAGACGUGGGGCGAGGCUAG